CUGACCAAAGUCAAACCCUCCCUCCCCCCUUCGUCUUCGCUGCUAAAACCCUAAACCUUCGUCGCUUUGUCUGUGCUUUGAACCGACCGACCGACGCCUUCUGUCUACACGAAAAACUCUGUUCCUACCCCCCGCCACCCCAAAAAAAAAAAAAUCAAAAUCAAAAUCAAAAUUUUUUGAAGCGGGGAAACAAUGUCUCUACCGGAAGAAGAGAUCACCAGGCUGUUUAGAGCUCGGAGAACAGUCCUGCAAAUGCUCCAGGACAGGGGCUACGCCGUCGAGAAAUCGGAGCUAGAGAUGACGAGAAGAGAUUUCAUUGACAAGUUUGGAAGCAACUUGAAAAGGGAGGAUCUUCUUGUCCUCAAAGACAAAGCAGAUAAUCCCUCCGAUCGGAUUUACGUGUUCUUCCCGGAGGGAGAAAAAUCUGGUGUGUCCGUGGUAAAGUCUUAUAUCACUCGUAUGAAAGCGGACAAGGUGUGGAGUGCAAUCUUAGUUCUUCAAAAGGGCCUGACUCCGGCUGGCAAAGAGGCUGUGUCUGAAUACGGUAGACUCUUCCGUAUGGAUGUUUUCGAGGAGGCAGAGUUAUUGGUCAACAUUACAGAACACGCCUUUGUUCCUCAGCAUAAAGUGCUUUCUGAUGAGGAGAAGAAGGCAUUGCUUGCAAAGUAUACAGUAAAGGAGACUCAGCUGCCUCGAAUUCUAGUAACUGAUCCAGUUGCAAGGUAUUACGGGCUGAGGCGGGGACAAGUUGUGCAGAUCACAAGGGAGAGCGAAACUGCCAAAACAUACAACACAUACCGGUGCUGUAUAUGAGCACAUUCAUUCAUCCCAGAGUCCUGGCUCGAAGAAACAGCAUUCUGGGCAUUCACGAACCAGCAGCACAAAGUUUGUCAUUAUUAGUGUGAUUGAACUCGACUGAUCUAUUCAUCGAGAGCAAUCUGACGUUUUGGGGGAUUUGUUGUUUUAAGUUCUUCGUUUUCCUUCUUUUGCAAUCACAAUUUGACUGUUCAACUCAUCUUUGGAGAAGCAAAUGCAAGAAAUUUCACUGGGAGGCCACAGGAUUUUCUCAAA